AUGUUUAAGAAAUACAAGAGCCAAGACUUGGAUAUGGCAUUCUGGUGGAAGAAAAACCCGAAAACUCCUUCCGAUUAUGCCAGGUUAAUAGUCGAACAGCUGAACAAAUUCAGCUCUCCAUCAUUAACCCAGGAUAAUAAAAGAAAGGUGCAAGAAGAAUGUACCAAAUAUUUAAUCGGCACUAAGCAUUUUAUUGUUGGUGAUACGGAACCUCACCCAACACCAGAGGCUAUUGAUGAACUUUAUACGGCCAUACAUCGCGCUGAUGUAUUCCACGAGCUACUACUACAUUUUGUGGACCUGGAGUUUGAAGCGAGAAGGGAAUGCAUGCUGAUUUUCUCUAUUUGCUUGGGGUACUCCAAAGACAAUAAAUUUGUUACGGUGGACUAUUUAGUCUCACAACCAAAGACCAUUUCAUUAAUGUUAAGAACAGCAGAAGUCGCCUUACAGCAAAAAGGGUGCCAAGAUAUUUUUCUAACGGUGGGGAAUAUGAUAAUUGAAUGCAUUAAAUAUGAACAACUUUGUAGAAUCAUACUUAAGGACCCCCAGCUAUGGAAGUUCUUCGAGUUUGCGAAGUUGGGUAAUUUUGAAAUCAGUACGGAAUCUCUACAAAUCUUAAGCGCUGCAUUCACUACACAUCCCAAGUUAGUCUCUAAGGAGUUUUUUUGUAACGAGAAUAACAUUAUCAGAUUUAUCAAAUGUAUCAACAAACUAAUGGCUCACGGAAGUUACGUGACUAAAAGACAAAGCACCAAGCUGCUGGCCUCUUUAAUCGUGAUAAGGUCUAACAACUCAUUGAUGAAUAUAUUUAUCAAUUCUCCGGAAAAUCUAAAGCUUAUAAUGACUUUAAUGACUGACAAAUCUAAGAAUUUACAGCUGGAAGCAUUCAAUGUAUUUAAAGUAAUGGUGGCGAAUCCAAGGAAAUCAAAACCUGUUUUUGAUAUCCUUGUUAAAAACAGAGAUAAACUAUUAACAUACUUUAAAACUUUUGGUUUAGAUUCUCAAGAUUCUACUUUCCUUGAUGAGAGGGAAUUCAUUAUUCAAGAAAUUGAUUCCUUACCACGCAUAAUUUCAUCGACGACAGACAAUACUAAUAACAAUGUUUCUUCAAACAAUUUAAACUCGCCAUCCUCAGUAAUAAACAAUCCAUCGACACUCUUGACUCAUUCAACAACGCCUGAUUCAAGAUAA